UAGCUGAACACCGUAGGUGAAACAUUUCUUUAUAUAUAGCUAACUUGUCCUCCGCGCCCAAGGCGAACUAAUCCUAAUAUAGCAUCCUGUGUUUAGGUGCCAAUACAUACCUCCUACUCUUGCUGUCCCUCUCCUUUCCCUGGCCUCCUUUGUGUUAAACCCGAAUAUUAUUCUCGAAGCCGGAAUAAUAUCCCUCACAAUGUUUAACUCUCUCGCCUACGCCAUUCCCUUCGUUCUUCUCUUUGGCGUCAAAGCCUCCCCUGUUCCAGCCGCCACCCUGGUUGACUAUGGCUACUGGAACAUAAACGUAUCGGCAAGCAACGCCGCCUCGGGGUAUCGCUGGGGCGGUGUGUACGCGGAAUAUUCUGGCGAGCCUGGCAAGAUUAGCCACACCACAUGGCUGUGGGAUCAUACCAUCAAGGAAUACAGCACGACGACAGACAACCCCGACUUCACCAACAACAUAAUAGACUACGGAGGAGAUCGACCCAUCCAAGUCCAACAGAGCGUCAUUUUGUCGGGCGAGAACGUCACACUAGUCGGGUCUGGGUCCGUCUACAUGAACUGCGGUUUAGGCGCGUCCGGUCGGUCCUGUAGAGGAUCUGUUACGCUAUCCGCGACGGAAAAGCUGGAAGAAAACUGAGGAUCACAAGUGACCCUUGGCUCUGUCAUUGGAAACUCUAGUCUUCAGGUUACGUGUCGCAAGGGCCGUCCCGUGAGCGUGGGAAGGAGAAUACUGUAAUGUCUAUGGGAGAAGCAAGAGGGAAGGAGAGUGAGGUCGUGUGCAUAUUCAUUUCUCAGCUUGGCAUAGCUUGGUGAGGAGAAGUAAAUGUUUUCUAAUACCAAUGAGUUGCCCUCGUGAUCCUUUGGGAAGAGGUCGUGAUAUUGCGCUUCCCCCGAUCUUCUCAGCGCCACAGUGCUAUUAGGAUUAAGGUGUCUCGAUAACUAGCUAGCUAGCUGAGCUGAGCUGCAAUGUCGCGCUCGUCUUGAAAAUGGAUUAUGUCCACGAUAUCUGAAUCAAGUUAUUUUUUAGG